AAGCACGAUGCGAAUGAUUCUUAAGUGCUGCGGAAAAGAAGCCUUAUAUUUCGAGGAAAUUGAUACAACUGGUCAGGCGAUAUAUUUUUUCACGAGCACUCAAUGCUACAAUCAGAACAGCUCACAACCAUGAUAGUGGCAAACCUAUGGAGCUAAUUACUAAAAAUUAACUGUUUUUGGCAAAACAGUGAUUACAACUAUUGCUGAAAUGCAGCGCCUUGGCUAUCGUAUGUAGAAAAUCCCGCUUUUUGUACCAGGCCUGGGUCGAAGGAGGGGGCCAAGUGGUGUCGCAAUAAAAACAUUACCCCAUUCCGUCCUCCUGACGGAAGCAGCAGUGUAAGGAUGUUCCACUGCAACAGAGACCCGGCGAAGGCAUCGAACUGUAGCAAAAGUAGUAGUACAUCUGCGAAAGCUCAUGGACCAUACCAUCAACCCUACUCCCUGCUGGACAUCACUGCCCGAAUUGUUGCGCAAAAUGAGCCGUUUCAGAAGAUUGAGGAACGGUACGAUCGAAUACCGGAGCCGGUACAACGGCGGAUCGUAUUUUGGUCCUUUCCGCGCAAUGAGAAGGACAUCUGUAUGUACAGUUCCUUAUCAAGGGUUUCCUCGAUCAACUCGGUGGAAUCACAAAGCCUUAGUUUCUGCACCGGGCUCAAGCUAGUGGAAACGGGAUGCGUUGAGAACGUCCUUCAGGUUGGCUUCCACCUGAGUGGAAUCGUGUGGUCGCAUCCACCGAACCAAAGCGAACGCCACAGCCAUGGCAGCGGCAACCAUGCAGGCUCGUCUUCCGGAAGCCGUAAUAAUGAAAUCAUAGGCUACCUACUUCCACCAAACCAAAACCUGCUGAACAACAACUAUCAUCAUCAUCAUCAGCAUCAGCAACAGCAGCAGGCACAUCAUCACCAUCAUCACCAUCACCAUCACCAUCACAACCAGCAUCAUCAUCAGCCGCAUCAGCAACAACAGCAGCAGCAACAGCAGCAACAACAACAGCAACAACAACACCAUCCUCAUCACAAUCAUCAUCAGCAACAACUUCCUCACAAUCAUCAUGCGCCACCCAUCUCUCCUCCGCCGCCAGUGGCCGCGCUGGGGCAACCACAAGGCGCCGGUGGUGCUCAGGUGGCCGCAGCUGCCGCCGGUUUCCCGCCCGGACAUGUGCUGGUGCCGCCAGCGAUCGGUCCCGGACCGAUACAACCGAAUGGGCAACCGUAUAAUGCGGGAAAUAUCGACCAUCAUCGGGGCGAUGCAUUUAACAACCUUGCCAUCGCUGGGUCAGUUUCCGGAGGUAGUGGUGGUGGUGGAGGUAGUGGAUUGGACGAAAAUAAGAAAUUCAAGGUGUCCGUGAGCUUUGAUCGAUGUAAGAUUACAUCGGUAACGUGUAGCUGUGAUACGAAGGACAUUUUCUGGUGUCAUCACGUCGUCGCGCUGGCCCUCUACCGGAUACGCAAUGCCGAGACGGUGAAACUACGAGUUCCUAUAUCCGAGACGCUGUUGCAGAUGAACCGGCAGCAGUUGCAAAAAUUCAUCCAAUAUCUCAUCGCCGAGCAUCACACGGAAGUGCUACCGACCGCGCAGCGUCUGGCGGACGAAAUAUUGCAGCAACGGUCGGAAAUCAACUCCAUCUGCGGUGCGCCCGAUCCAACGGCUGGCGCAUCGAAGGAUGACGACCACUCGUGGCAUCUGGACGAGACGCAGGUUUGCGAGGCGGUCAAAACAUACCUCGGCCAGGGCAGCUAUUACUACAGCAGCAAGCACCUGAACUCGCUGUUCGGAAAAGUGCGGGAAAUGCUACGAGCCCAAGACUCGAACGGUGCGCGCAUGCUGACCCUCAUCACGGAGCAGUUCCUAAACGAUCCGCGGUUGGUACUGUGGAAGAACCACGGGACCCCCAUGACGGAAAAGUGUCGCCAGCUGUGGGACCAACUCGGUGCGCUGUGGGUGUGCAUUGUGUUGAACCCGAAGUCGACGCAUGCCGAACGGAUGCACUGGAAGACACUGCUCGAGAAAUGGUCCAAGAGCGAUGUGUGCCCCCAAGAGGAUCCGGAUCUGCGCACCUCGCCUUCCUCGUCCAAUCGGGAGAGUGUUCGUGAUCGCUCGAACCGUGAACGGGAGCGCGACAGGAAUCGGUUCUUCCGGGAAAACAACCUACGCAAUAUGAUGCACUACAAUCAUCAUCACCAACAGCAGCAGCAGCAUCAGCAGCAACAGCAGCAUCAGCCAGCGCUACAUAACAAUCACGCGAACGGUGGUGGUGCGUGUCUGGGCCAUUUGCAAGACAAUCCGUACCGGAUGCAGUACAACCAUCGCCAUGGUGGUGUGAUGCGAAACCGGCUCGGCGGAGACGGGAAUGGGAAUCGUGGUGGAAACAACCAUCAUCUGAACGAACAGUACGACAGCUCCGAGACGGACUCGGAUUCGGACGAAGAGAUGGACGAAGCUAUCGAAGAGGGUGGGGGCGGGGGCAAUGGACAAGAAGAUGAGGAAGAGGGCAACGAGAACGAGAAUGAGAACGAGGGAGGAAACAUUAACGGCCACAGGCGCCGCCUGGGUGACGACGAAGAGGAUCAUCACGAGGAUGACGUUGUUCGUGCUGGCGGACGCCGUGGAGACGACGGCAUGGAAGAGGACGUCGUCGAUCAGGUGCACAACAUUCUGCAGGACAUAAACUUCGUCGAUGGAGUCGAGCAGGCUGAGAGAGUGGAUGGCAGCAGGAGAGCCCACCACGACGAAGACGGCGAGGUCAGGGAGUUUAUGAACUUGAAUCUUUUGAACGUGCCGGAAGAAGAGCAUCGCUUGCCGGAGAUGCUGCCGGAAAAUGACGACAGUUCGCGGGAAUCGAUGGAUGUCGAUGAGCCCGGGAUGAUUGGUGGCCCCGUGAGUGGGAGUUCCGUGAGUGUUGUCGAUGGCGCUGGACCUGGCCGAACAGGUCCGAAAGGGGCCUCCGGUGGCGUAGGAUUCUUCCAGAGUCCUUGCAUCUGCGGAGAAAACAAGUGCGAGUGCAAUCGACCGGUGUUUUUGGAUGACAUCAAGCCGAAGAAAUUUUUCGACUGUGUCGCGGCGGCAGCGGUCGGUGGGGGUAGCAGCAGUGGUGGUGCAGGAAGCAGCUCUGCUGGAACGAGUAUGGUAACGGAAUCCGGGUCCGUUGUGCCCAAUUUUGACGUUAGCGAAGAUGCCAAUCAGGAGUGCAUUGGACUCGCGAAAGAGAGUGAGUCGGAGGUAAUCGCCGGAGAACUAUCAUCAGCCACGACUUCGAAGCGGCGCGCAAGUGAUGAAGCUAUUGAAGCCAUUGCUGGACCAUCCUCUUCUUCUUCCUCAUCCUCGUCAUCUUCAUCUUCCUCGUCUUCGACGCAUCACCGGGUGGAGGAGCUUGAUUUUGAAAAACCUGGUCCAUCCGGCUUGAACAGGCAUCGUCGGUUGUCAAUCGCGGAUGAUGGCGCCAGACCCUCCACUUCCUCCGCUCCAGUCGGCGGCGGUCAUGAGGAUUGCGAUGAAGAUUGUGACGAAGACGAAAAAAAUAAGCCGCCUUGCGACAAACCGAACGAUGCUGAAGUCCCAGGUCCUAGCGGAAUUUCCUCAUUCUGCAUCGAAAAGCAGAAAAAGGAUGCGCAAAAGGACGAACUUGAUCCAGAAGCUGCCGGUCUCGAUCCAGACGCAGGUCCAAGUUCGCGACGAGCCAGCACAGAGGGGGGAGCCUCGGCAGCCGGCCCGGCAGGCGCAAAUGUUCCAUCAGCGGUGGCUGCCGGUGGAAGUGGUCGUGCAAAACUGGUUAACGUUGGUGAUGGGGGUGGUAACGCGGGGACGGGCGGGAGACCUUGCAAGCGCCUUAAGCUAAACAAUGGCUCGUGGGUGAGCAAAAACAACAACAAAGCUCCACGCACCAUCUUUCACAAGGCACUGGACGCGGUUAGCAUGUCGUGGGACAAUGAGCACCUAAAGCGAAUCCUUGAGUCAGACAGCUACAAGCUAUCGAGCCGCAACUCGGUACAGAUUGCCGGUUCCAGCAAGGCGCCAGUCGCAAAUCACCCGAGUGCAAAAUCAAACUUCAACGCCAAUGGGCAACCGUUGUGGCACGAGAAAAUUUCAAUGACUGCGGCACGGAUCGACUCGUUGCGUUCCCACGGACACAUGGAAGCUGCCCUUCGGCUUUCCGUAAGUGUUGUACGUACGAUGCGCGAAAUACAGCGCGAAGCGCAGGCCCUUUGGUUGCGUCACAAACCUAAGGUGCCCCAGCAGCCGCAGCAGCAACAGGGCGGAGCGUCUUCCUCUAGCGAACCUUCGACAAGCACCGUGGGUUCAGGAAGCAGCAGUAGCAGCAGUACAUCCUCUGGUCAGCGAUGUAACUGCAUUUCAAAGGGUUUGCAGCUUACGGAACCCUCAUCAUCAAAGCAAACAGCAUCAAUGUCACUGCCAUCAUCUUCCGGGCCGUCUUCCUCCGUGGCUCAGCAACAUUAUGGGCAUCAACAACACCACCCCCAGCACCAGCACCACCAUCACCACAAUCAUCCGCAACCAUCGACAUCAUCCGAGGCAAAAUCCAGCUGCCAGUGUCAGACGCACCGUCAGCAACAUCAUCCUCCGCAUCACCAACAACAACAACCACAUCCAUCGACUUCAUCAGAAGGAAAAUCAGGAUGCCAAUGUCAACUGCACCGUCACCAGCAUCAGCAUCAACAUCAUCAGCAUCAGCAUCAGCCUCCACCACCGAUGUUUCCUUCCGGACCCAUGCUGCCGGACCAUCACGCGGCCAUCGCUCCCAUGCCGUCGACAAUAAAGAAGGAUUGUUCGAAGUGUCUACAAAUAAAAUGCUACUACGAAAUGGUUGGUUCCAGUUCCUCCUCCUCCUCGACGAAGCACAACAAUCUGGCACCGGGAGGCUGUGGUGGUGGCGGUGGUCCUGGCCCUUCUCAGAUGGCGCAAGGUGCCGCAAUUCAUCACAAUCACCAUCCGAUGGGUCCACCGGCACCACCUCCACCACCACCGCCCCCGCAGCCACCCCAAGGAGUAAUGCCCAUGCCGUCGACUUCGGGACAGCAGCAACGUAUCCACCGUAGCUCGAGCGCUGGUGGUAUUAUGUGUAACUCCUCAAAAUGUGGUCCAUUCGUUGCGGGUGGAUCGAGUGGAUCGGUUGGAUGUGGUGUGCCACCACAGCAGGCGCCGGAAAUGUAUCGUAAAAUGAUGCACUGCCCGUCGGCAGCUUCCCAGCAAAUGCCACAACCAUCAGGUAGCGGCCAACAGCAGCAGCAGCAACCGCACUGCAGUCGAGAUUAUCCUUACAUGAAACUUGCCUUUGUGCGGGGUAAACCGAUGAUCGUUCCAGUUAGUGGCAUGCGUCAUCCACAACCUUCGGGACCGGUGCAGCAACCAACACCUUCGACUUCGCGUGCGCAAAUCGGACAAAUCGUUGCUGGUCCACCCCCGCUGCCAGCAACGUCUUCCACACAAUCGACCGCUUCUACGACGACAACAACGGCUGGUUCCUCUGCGGUAAACCUACCUCCAGCUCCAUCAACCAGCUGCGGGGGAGGAGUGUCCGCCACCGGCUCAUCAACGUCCAGUUCUUCGUUGGCUCCCUCAUCGGCCGCUGCGUCGGCAUCGACAUCGACAUCUUCCUUCCAACCAAAGUGCAAUUGCCCCAUUCACAAGGAAGAACAAUCGGCCGCAUCAUCCUCCUCUGGGCAUUCAUCAUCGGUAGCACUAGGAGCUCCAGUUCCUCCACCACCCCCUCCGUGCAACACGAUCGAUGGAGUAGGUUCAUCCUCCAUUGGCACGGUAUCGUGCUGUGUCAAACCUAUCUGUUGCUCUCUUGCGAUGCCUGUACAACACCACAAGCAUCAACAUCUUCCGACUUCCUAUGCCCCUCCAGCAUCUGCAACGAUGGCACCAUGCGGUGGUUGUGCUUUACAUGCAGGACCACCACCACCGCCAGGAGCGAUUUACGGUGGUCUGUAUGGAGGUCCAUCAUCCUCACUUUCCUCCAGCAUGCCUUCCUGCUCGAGCUCGAAGCCUUUCGACCGGUCUGCGGGAAUGAACUCGUUCAAUGCUACCGAUUGCGAUAUGAUGGGGCAGCCGAAUCAACAUAAAGACGAUUGUCCUAUGGCCUUCGGAAAGGCAAAGGCUCAUGGAAGUUCCUUUUCAAAUAGUGGUGGUAACGUUUGUGGUUCUUCAAACCGAUCCACAUCCGCAGUCGACACGAAUGCUGCAUCGACUUCGACCGCUUUUCUUGAACCGAUCAAGGUUAAUCGGAAACCCAACUGCCUCUCCAAGUGCAUCGAUUGCAGCGUCGGAUGUGAGGUGGAGUUUCCGCUCGACGCCAUUGCGUGCAUAUUCGAUUGUCUUACGGAGGCAUCGCUGAUACCGGAAGCCGUCACGGUUCAGAUGAACGAAAUGAGUCGUAUAGCGUACGACGCUGGCAAUGGAGGUGCUGGGGGUGCCGGUGGUGCUGGCGGUGGCAGCAACGGCAAUGGAGCGGCCGCUCCCGAAGACGUCAACAUCAUUGCACCGAAGUACCGGCACCUACCGAUUGCAGACUCGGCCGAUCGGCAGGAAACCUACCUGACGCUGGCAUUUGAAGCGGCAAUCCUAGCACUUAGCAAGCAACGCAUCAUGCCCCAUGGUCUCUACGCACAGCACGUAAUCUGCAAGCAGCAAGAUCAGUUGAUACAGCGACUGCGCAGUAUUGAUCUGGACACCAUGCUGGUGAGCGUGUUGCGAAUGCUGAGUUUGCAACUGCUCGACGGUGGUCCUACCAGUGGGCUCGGUGAAAUGAUCCAUCCCGAGUCGGUGCCGAUGCAUACGCUCGCUCGGUUCCUCUUCGCCUCGCUGCUGAACCAGUAUCCCGAUCUGGCGUUCGAGAUAGGACUGCGCGCGAUGCGCUUCCCGAUACUGGAGAACAUUAACGAAGGAUCGGUGAACGGCAUCGAGCUGCAGCACAACAACUUCAUGCACUCGCCGUAUCCACGCUGGUGGACGCUGGGCCACUUGGAGACGCAGCAGUGCUCGCUCAGCUCGACGAUGCUGAGCGCGGCCAAGGGCGAUACAAAGCGAUUGUCGGCCGUGUUGCAGAAUGCACGCCGGAAUAUUCACAGCUCGUCGCAUCUGUUCAGGCUCGCACAAGAUGCUUUUCGAUUUGCAACGCCCGAAAAUGGCCCACGCAGCCAGACACUUCUCGGUGUGGCCUUCGAAUUGGGCCUGCAGGUAAUGCGAAUGACUUUAACCUGCUUGAACUGGCGUCGCCGUGAAAUGGUCCGAUGGCUAGUAACUUGUGCCUCGCACGUCGGUAUAGAUGCACUGAUGUCCAUCAUGCAGAAUUGGUACCAUCUGUUUACUCCAACGGAAGCGACGGGCCCGGUUGCGACGACCAUCAUGUCACACUCGACUAUCAUGAGACUGAACUUAAACUUUCGCCAGCAGGAUGAGCUGUCCAACUGUGCCCGCACGCUGGCCCUCCAGUGCGCCACAAAAGAUCCACCAAACUGUGCCCUGAAUGCGCUCACGUUGUGCGAGAACGACGCAAUGGCUUUCGAAACGGCAUACCAUAUUGUAAUCGAUGCGGCCACUCACAUCAUGACCUCUAGCCAGCUCUUUACGAUCGCUCGCUACAUGGAGCACCGAGGUUAUCCGGCACGUGCCUACAAUCUGGCCAUGCUGGCAAUGAAGAAUGUUCAGCUGGCCUACAACCAGGACACCCAUCCGGCCAUCAACGAUAUCCAUUGGGCAUGCGCUUUGUCCCAUUCGCUCGGCAAGGCGGAACUGUCGAAGAUGAUCCCACUGGUGAUCAAGAACGUUCAGUGCGCGACGGUCCUGUCGGACAUCCUUCGGCGGUGCAGCGUGCCGACGCCUGGACUGCACAACUUUGGAACACACGGUAGAGGUAACAAUCUGAGACAGUGCAUUAAGCUGAGCUACGAUCGGGAACCGCUAAAUCAAUUGCUUGAAGCGGCUGUUUCGGCUUACGUCAACACGACACAUUCAAGGCUCUCUCACAUCUCGCCGCGCCAUUACAGUGAUUUUAUCGAUUUUCUCAGCAAAGCGCGCGACACCUUUAUGCUGGCACGUGACGGUCCGGCCCACUUCUCGCGCCUCAUCGAGAACAUAACAAUCGCGUACAAAGGCAAAAAGAAGCUCGUGCGCCAAGUGCGGCAGCGUUUUCAGUUCGUAUGAACAACCCUUAUCAAUCCUUUCAGCAUGUAAAGAGCAAUUCGGCUUAAUCUCCGGUUGCAAGAGACGCAACGGUCGGUUUACAAUUUCCUUCACAAAUUCAGUGAUUUAAGUAUUAGCUAGAAUAACUAAUUCCGAGGCAUUUAUUGCCACUUUCACUAGUUUUCCGUAAAACAUAACAACAUGUUUACCUUUUACUGAAGUGAAAAUUUUCCGCGACAAAUACAUUUUCCACUAUCUAUUGAUUUUGAGGUUGGACAUAAAGCAAAACAUAUAAUGAUUUCGUAAGGAAGUAGAAAAGAAUUGUAAAAAUUAAGUGUAGCAGUAUUAUAACGUUAUGUAGUAUGAUUCAUUUCCUCUUACGCUUUUACUGUUUUACUGUUUCGUUUGUGACUUUUUUGAUCUAUUUUCUGUUCAUUUGAUUGUUAUUUAGAACAAGUUUAUUCGAAAUCGAACUCUGCACAGCACAGUUCGGCACGUGUUUUGUGCACUAUUUUUUUUGCGGCCAGUGCUUUCCUUUUAUCUCUCUCUUUUUACUCCGGCUCUUUCAGAGCCUUUUCAAGGCUCUCUGUUGAAUGUAUUUCGGAAUCAUUAUUUCCCGGUUCUUGUUGCCUAAUAACCGAUGCAAGCGAGAUAUAUACAUUGAUUUUCAUACAUACCCACUACCAUACUACACCGUAAUACAUUUUACUAGGAAUUGAUCUCAGUGUUUCGAUAAACAUUAUCAAGUGGCAGUCAAAAUGCAUCCACUUUUCAUUAAUUUUCAGUGCAGUUCAGGUUCUUUUGUUCCGGAUGGAGGAACUACCAGCGUCAUUGACCGACGCUGUAGUACGCGGCGCCAGGUUCCAAUAUGCAACCAUACGUUUCAUCCCAAAAUAUUAAUACAAAGAAAUAGAUAAUUACUCAGUGCGAGAUAUGUAGUGACCGUAGCGAGUGAAAGAACGAUGAUCAUGCCAAUCAUUAGGUAAUUUAUAAAAAAAACCCGAUAAAAGAUAAAGAAAUGAAUAGCAAAUAAUUUAUCGAAACAGGAUUGCCAAAAAACCAAAUGAAAAAUAAAACUAAAAACCAUCAAAAAUAGACAAAAGGCAGCCCAGCCACGGGAUGUAUUGCCGCCCUCUAUAAAUAUAUAUAUAUAAAUAUAUGUAUAAUUUAAAAAUGAAGCAACAUCGUUACACAACACUUAAUACUCCACAUCCGCGUUAAAAGUCCUUUAGAAAAUGAAAUGUCUAGCAAACCGCUUCGGCGAAAGUAAAACCCAAUUCGCAUGGAAAGCAUAAUCGGUGAGGACAUGUAUAAUCGCAUUUAUUUUACGUGCCACUAAGCAUCCCACGAAGUAAUUGUCAGGUCCCCACCCCCCGAAGUGAAAAGCAAAUCAGGUCGGAAACAGUGAGAUUAAAAAGAUUAAUGAUGUUGUUGUGCACAGAACCGUUCUGGUUUUCAGGCUACGUACUUUGAAUGGUUCUUAGUUUAUAUUAUUGUACCGUUUUUUUUUCCUUUUUGUUACUUUAUAUCUACCUCUUAGUUAUACAGGCUUACUUAUCGAGUAACGACAUACGCAUUAAGCAUACCUAUUUUAGUUAAAUACAGAACAACAUUAAACUCGUCUGCUAAAUAGAUGCGAAGAAGUACCCGUUUUUCUAAACAACGGUGCAUGGCGUUGUCCUGGAUCUGUGUAGGAUCGGACUGAAAAACAAAUUUAAAUACAAGUUUUAGUGAUCAUUGUAAAAAAGAAGUGUCGCACUUUCGAUAUCCACUGCCAUAAAACGAAAAUAGACGGUCUUUUCACUUGACAUUGGAUUGCAAUCAAAUGUAGAACUGGCCUUGUUUGAGCAUGGUGUUUCUUUAUUCAAAGGACCACACGACGACACCAGGACUCGUCGGAACACUGGAAAGGAAACUUCCCAGCAACGUGUUUUAUCAGUAUUAUCAAGACAAGAGGGUACGUGGGCUGAAGAAAAUAUUGUAAUCGAUUUAUCAGCUAGCAGUUUAGGUAGCCUAAUUUCGGUUUUGUACGUAUGAUGAUUCGAUUUUGUUCGCGUAGUUUUGUUGUACAUGUCUUCUGUCAUUAGAGCAACCGAUCCGAAGAUUUCCACAUCCAGCGUUUAAGAAACAAGCAGACAGAAAUGAAGGGCAGGUUAAUAUAGUUCAGAUGGAUCACAAAAGGAUGGGGCGACUUUUGCCGAUCUCAACUCUACAAUAUCGUGUAACAAUAGUAAAGAAAAACCAUCUCUAGUUUGCCAUCCAUUGUACUCUCUGUAUCGAUUAUCAUAGGGUUGUAAUGCGAACGGACCUAGCAUUUUUGAGACAUGCCAACGAUUGUUAACAACAUAGUCUCCCGUCCCAGGCUUCGGUUCGGGCUUGGGCUUGCUCCGUUCUAACAAUUAUCAGUUAACCAGGUUCCAAAGGACAUACAGAGCUGUAUGAUUACCAUCAAAGCUAAACUACUAUCGCUACAGAAACAUUAGUGCUAUUGAUAGCUAAAUAAGAUGAUAAAUAAAAAAAAAUAAUGUUAGUAAUACAAAUAAUAUGCUUAUGAUAAUGACAAAUGAUAAAGCCUAAUCACAGCUAUAAUAACAACAAACGCAUGGUUCUAUCAUUAUAGUACGAGAAGAAACAGUUCAGCGUGCAUGCAAACGCAAGUUACAAAGAUUGAUUCCCAUUGCGCCAGUGUUAGAGCAAUACAACAAAACACAUCCCAUGGAAUGAGAUUUGCGACUUGGACUCCAGGGUAUAACGAAAUCUCAGGACUGGUAAAUUAACAAACUAGUAAACUAAUCGCAUCUCGUAGACAGGGAUGCAGAUAAGAUAACAAAAAAAGGUGUGUGAGCGAAGAUGAGGCGAAGUCUGGCAAAGACAGCUAACGUGAAUCUGCACGAGACAAGACAAAUAGAGAGGAAAAUGAGAAGUAUAAAAUAAUUUGAACGAAAAAAAAAAAACAAAGAUAUGCAUGCAUAAAUAUAUCAUAAACGUGUGGGUAUGCACAAUCUAAAAAUAAAACAAACGGGUUUGAGUGGAAGUGAUUGAAAGAAAGGAAACAAAUGUGUAAUAUUAUCAAAUCGUGCGAACAAAGUACGGCAGUCGUAAACUUGCGU